CUUAACGCUUUCAAUUUUCUAGCACCAGUCUCUGGGCUAUAGUACCUUUAUUGUUGAUAUUUCCCAGUUAGGCAAUUCACAACUUGACACUCAAAACUUAAAGAGAUGGGUUGUCUCGUACCGCUGAGUCAUCACUCAUUCCGCGUGUGAACGCGUUGUGGGAAAGAAGAACCACGCGUUCCAAUUAUGCCCGAUUGGGACGGCGUGUUUCCACAGCUUUGAGAAAGAUCCUCCGCCAUCCCACCCGUUGUCAAGGGCGCAACGAACCAAACCAUCCCCUCCUCUCCGCGUUUCUAUGAUUUAGCGUGUGCUAUCGAAAUUUAUAAGGACCAUUCGUUGCACUGAAAUCACAUCGAUCAAUUUGAAUUUUUACUAAUACACCCCGUAUAAUUGUCCGUGAAGCACAUUAUCACCAUGGACGGAGUGCAGCUCCGUGAUGAGGCCGCUCAGGAUAGAGUGCGUGCCGCUAUUGAGUUCCUCGAUCCCCGUAAGUCACUAUGGGCAGUGUUGUGUGGCAUUAGAGCACGAAAACUGAUGAAUCCUUUGUUCCUUUUCAGGUGAUGAUGCCAGAGCCAGAAGGUCCGUCAAGUCGAAAAUCAACUCUGCUUGUCUAAAUUACUGUUUCAAGAUGUAGCUUCUGACCUGCAGAACAGUUAUCGUGCUGAUAUCGUGUUGAUGCUAAAUCGAGGACUUCGGCGCUUAAUAGUCAGCAUUGACGAGAUCAGAGCGCAUAACCGUGAAUUGGCCGAUGGGCUUCUCACCUCCCCAUUCGAUUAUUCCCAAGCUUUCGAUAGAGCUUUGAAAGACGUUAUCAAGACAAUACCGCACCGACCUUCUAGAGAGACAGCAGACGAAGUGAACUACUACUGCGCCUAUGUCGGGGCUUUUGGAGAGUUCUCUUGUAACCCACGGACCUUGGGUUCGACCCAUUUGAACCGGAUGAUCUCCCUCGAGGGCAUUGUGACAAAAUGCUCUUUGGUCCGGCCAAAGAUUAUACAGAGUGUGCAUUAUAGUGAAAGGAAAGACAGGUUCUUGUCGAGGAAAUAUAGGGAUCAAACAAUGACGGCCAGCGGAGCGACAAGUUUGAAUGUUUAUCCUCAGGAGGAUGACGAGAAGAAUCCUCUCAUCACGGAAUACGGCUACUCGACCUAUAUGGAUCACCAAACCAUUUCGAUUCAAGAAAUGCCAGAGAGAGCACCGGCCGGCCAACUGCCCCGGAGUGUUGAUGUGAUCUUGGAUGACGAUCUCGUGGACCGAGCCAAGCCUGGUGAUAGAAUUCAGUUGGUAGGUAUUUACCGGUCUCUAGGAAAUCGAAACGCAAACUCGGGCUCGUCGACAUUCCGCACACUUGUUUUGGCAAACAACAUUAUUCAGUUAUCAUCGAAAUCCGGUGGAGGAAUUGCGCAAGCCACUAUUACCGACACAGAUAUUCGCAACAUCAACAAGGUUUCCAAGAAAAAGAACGUUUUUGAGUUGAUGUCUCAUUCCCUCGCGCCGAGUAUCUACGGUCACGACUAUAUCAAGAAGGCAAUCUUGCUCAUGCUGCUUGGUGGCAUGGAGAAAAACCUCGAUAAUGGAACACACUUGCGUGGUGACAUCAACAUCAUGAUGGUUGGUGAUCCUUCGACAGCCAAAUCUCAGCUCCUCCGUUUCGUUUUGAAUACUGCGCCCUUGGCGAUUGCAACAACCGGACGAGGCUCAUCGGGUGUCGGUCUUACAGCCGCUGUUACGUCUGAUAAAGAGACUGGAGAGCGCAGACUGGAAGCUGGUGCAAUGGUUCUGGGAGACCGCGGUGUGGUCUGUAUUGAUGAGUUUGAUAAGAUGAGUGAUGUAGAUCGCGUGGCGAUUCACGAAGUCAUGGAACAGCAGACCGUUACCAUCGCGAAGGCUGGUAUUCACACGAGUCUGAAUGCUCGUUGCAGUGUCCUGGCGGCCGCUAACCCCAUCUACGGACAAUACGACCCCCACAAGGACCCGCACAAGAACAUCGCCUUACCGGACUCUCUCUUGUCUCGUUUCGAUUUGCUUUUCGUAGUGACAGACGACAUUGAAGAUUCCAAGGACAGGAUGGUGUCCGAGCACGUCCUUCGUAUGCAUCGUUACCGUCAGCCUGGCACUGAAGAGGGCGCUCCAGUUAGGGAACAGCUCAAUCAGACCUUGGGUGUUGGACUCGAGGAUAACCAGGAUUCAAACCAGCCCACAGAGGUGUAUGAAAAGUUCAAUGCCAUGCUUCAUGCUGGCAUGGCUAACACAGGCCGGGGCAAGAAGAAGGACGUUGAAAUUCUGAGCAUUCCAUUUAUCAAGAAAUACAUUCAAUACGCCAAGUCCAGAGUCAAGCCCGUGUUGACUAAGGGAGCCGCUGACCACAUUGUUACCACCUACUCGGCGCUGAGAAACGAUGAACUGUCUGGUAAUCAGCGCAGGACAUCGCCUAUCACCGCGCGUACCCUAGAGACAUUGAUUCGUCUGGCUACCGCUCACGCCAAGUCCCGUCUGUCCAACAGAGUUGAAGAACGGGAUGCAAAGGUUGCUGAAUCUCUUCUGCGUUUUGCCAUGUUCAAGGAGGUUCUCGAAGACGAGCGCCGUAAGCGGAGAAAGGUCACUACAUUCGACGAGGACUCCGAGAGCGAGUCCGAGGAAGACUCUGAUGAGGAUGAUACUCCCGCACAAACUGCAAGUGCCACCCCGCGGUCAAGCCGGAGAAGCGGAGCACUGCGCGCGCGUGCAGCUGCGAAUCGUUCCACUACCGAUGAAAUGGACGCUGAUGGAGACGAUGCCUCGGAAGAUGGCGAUGGUCUAUACAGCGCCAGUCCUCGUGGUCAACGGUUACGGUCGAGCCAGGGCACGCGUACUCAAACGCAAAGCCAGUCUCAGAUGUCUGUAGCAUCUUCUCAGCCAGCCUCACAACUCAUCGACUCCCAGACAGACACUUCGCAGCCCCAGACAUCGUCUGCCAGUGCGUCCCAGCCGAUACAGCCUGCUCGUCUAACAGUCUUCCGCCAGGCCCUGGGCCCGCUCAUGGGUACACGACUGUUCACCACAGGCGACACCGCUGACGUGGAAGAGCUCAUUGGGGCUGUGAACACAGCAGUGCGUGGAGCACGAUCUCUCGGAGAGAGCCAUGUGUUCCAACGUCCCGAAGCAAUCCAGGCCUUGAGGGCCAUGAACGAGAGAAAUGAAUUGAUGUUCCUUGAGGAUGACGAGACCGUUUACAGAAUUUAAUAGCAUAGAGAACUGGUGGAGUUUCAGUUGUAUGGUCGACUUUUGAUUGGGAGCAGAAAAGGGAUUUAUGUC